UUCCCAGUUCCCAUCCACCCGCUCUUGUUAGCUCGAGAUCCAGCUGCGACUCUAGCAGUCCAGAGAGACUUUUCCCCACACACGCGCGCAAACGAUCCGUCGGCGGCGGCGCAACCCAAGUCCAAGAUGGCCCGCACCUCCUCGCAGUCGCAGUCCUCCGUCGGCGGCGGCGCCGGCGCCUCCCGCCCGGCCACCGUCGGCCCCCGCGGCACGGCCGCCGCGACGGCCGGCAUGCGUCGCCGCCCAGGCCGCACCUCCUCCUCGUCCGGCGCGGGCGGCGGCUUCUCCGGCGGGGGCAGCAACAUGCUGCGCUUCUACACCGACGAGGCCCCGGGCCUGCGCCUCUCCCCCACCAUGGUGCUCGUCAUGUCCGUCUGCUUCAUCGGCUUCGUCACCGCGCUCCACGUCUUCGGCAAGCUCUACCGCUCCCGCACCGCCGCCUCCUCCGCCUCCGCCUGAUCCCCCUGCCCCGUCCGCUCGCGCCCUUCCUGCUUCCUCCUCCUCCUCCUCCUCCUCCUCAAUUCAGAUCAGAUCAGAUCAGGUGGUUUUGGUGUGUAACAAGGAUGUUUAGU